AUGGAGGCCCAGCCCAAGACUUGCUACAAGUGCAGUGAGACCGGCCACAUCAGCCGCGAGUGCCCCAGCAACCCCGCCCCUUCGGCUGCUGGUGGCCCGGGUGGCGAGUGCUACAAGUGCGGCCAGCACGGUCACAUUGCCCGCGCCUGCCCCACUGCCGGCCCUAGCUCGCGUGGUGGCUUCGGCGCCCCCCGCGCCGCUGGCGGCCGCAGCUGCUACAACUGCGGCGGUGUCGGCCACCUCUCGCGCGAGUGCACCUCGCCCGCUGGUGCCUCCGCCGGUGGUCAGCGUUGCUACAACUGCAACGAGUCCGGCCACAUCAGCCGAGAGUGCCCCAAGCCUCAGACCAAGAGCUGCUACCGUUGCGGCGACGAGGGUCACCUCUCCGCCGCCUGCCCCCAGAUUGCUGCUUAA